UGCCUCAUGCGAAUAAAGAGUCUAAUGUCAAUUGCGCUCGAGGUGGGGUCUUCUGCGGACGUUGGCUGUGGAUGUGGACACUGACAGAAUCGGAGUUCUUGCUUGGCGUUCUUUUGCGCUUUUCGAUCGAGUCCUUUACGAGCGGAGAACAGAUUCGAGCCCUUUCUGAGCGUACGGGAUGAGACCGAGCGUCGAAUAUGCGGGCUGUUAUGCGUAUGCUCGGAAUUGAAUGAGAGAGGAGCCAGUGUUAGAGCUCGUGCCUCGUCGCCUGCUGCACAAUUCGACUGCUCUCUGCCAGUGUCGAGGAAUUGGGCUGGCGGGCGAGUGAGUGAGUGUCGUGGGAGAGGGCUUCGAACGCAGCAAGUUCAUCCAUGGCAGAUGAGGUCGGAGAUCGAAAGGAGGAUGGAGAGGAGCGCCAGCAGCCGGCGUGGUUUACCCCCGAGAGGAUGCUGGUGAUCCUCUGCCUGAUCAAUCUGUUGAAUUAUGUGGAUCGGGGAGCUAUUGCCAGCAACGGGGUGAACGGUGUUCUGGGCAAUUCCACAUGCUACGACGACGAUGGGUGUGUCCAGGGCCGAGGGAUUCAAGGGGACUUCUCUCUGUCCAAUUUCCAGGAUGGGUUUCUCUCGUCAGCUUUCAUGGUGGGCUUGCUGAUAGCGUCGCCGAUAUUCGCCGAGCUAUCGAAGACCUAUAACCACAUGAGGCUGAUUGGGGUCGGGCUCUCAAUCUGGACGCUGGCCACUCUGGGCUGCGGAUUGUCGAUGGGAUUCUGGUCAAUUCUCUUCUUCAGGGCUCUGGUCGGUGUGGCCGAGGCGUCGUUCGUCAGCCUGGCUGCCCCCUUCAUCGACGACUACGCCCCUCCCGAGAAGAGAACCGCGUGGCUGUCUUUCUUCUACGCCUGCAUCCCCGUGGGAGUUGCCCUGGGAUACGUCUACGGGGGAGUAGUGGGCGGGCUCUGGGGAUGGCGAGUGGCGUUUUGGUUGGAGAGUCUGUUCAUGCUCCCGUUUGCAAUUUUCGGAUUUGUAUCGAGGCCCGUCUAUCUCAAGGCGCAAGAAGAGGACGCGCAUUCGACAGCUCUGCUCAAGGGAGGGUCUUCCUCGGAAGAAGGGGAGAAUUCGUCUGCGGAUUGUACGAGGAAGUUCAGUUUUCUCGCGAAACAAGCUCGAGGAAUUGGGGGAGAUUUGAAGAAAUUGCUGCUGCAGAAGGUCUACGUUGUCGACAUGCUGGGUUACAUUGCGUACAAUUUCGUCAUCGGUGCGUACUCCUAUUUCGGGCCCAAGGUCGGGGAAGCAAUUUACCACAUCGACAACGCCGACAUCGUGUUCGGUGUCGUGACCAUCUUCUCAGGAAUUUUGGGGACCGUGUUCGGUGGUUUAGCUCUGGACCGCGUUGGCUCCACAAUUCCCACGGCCUUCAAGUUUCUUGGAAUCUGCAGCUUCUUCGGCGGAUUGUUCUGCUUCGUCGCCUUCACGUGCGACACUCUGCUCUACUUCAUCAUCCUGUUUGCCAUCGGAGAGUUCUCCAUCUUCGCCACUCAGGGUCCAGUGAAUUUCAUCACGUUGCACAGCGUGCACCCCAAUGACCGUCCUAUAGCCAUGGCGAUGUGCACCGUGUCCAUCCACAUUUUUGGCGACGUCCCUUCUUCGCCACUGGUGGGGCUGGUUCAAGAUCAUAUUCAGAACUGGAGGACGACGGCUUUGCUACUCACCAGCGUUCUCUUCGUGGCUGCCGGAGUGUGGUACUCAGGAUCUUGGCUUCGGGUCGAUGAGGUGCCUGCGUUGGAGGAGCCAAGCUCGUCACUGGAAAAUGGGAAGCCGCGAGCGACACUACUUCCCAGUCACGAUUGACCUCAAAAACACGUGGAAAUCUCAUCGUUGCAGAAGUGUGCGGCAAAGCUGGAACGGCCCCGGCAGUGGUAAACUCGUCGAAUGCGGUUGUCAUGAUUCACACCUGAACAUGGACGGGCUUGUUACGAAAUUUGUGUGGGCAGAGGCAUCUGCUUUGGAAGGGGAGGCAUACUUGACUCAGGACGCUGUGGAAUCGUCAAGCCUACAAGAAUGGAAGAUGGGAGGAGUGCCUCCUCCGCCGGCUGCUUCAGAAUGCCUUCAAGCUCUGCCGCUGGGGUAACUGUCCUCCUUUCUUUGUACUGGAAUUCGCGUUAGUCCAGGCCAGCCCUUAAAAGAGCAGAAAGUCGCUCGUUUGCUCUAUAGCUCAUCACGCCAAAUUAUCUUACAUGCAUUAAAUUGCAGUGCAGAAUCCAGGCGGGGUGAUUUUCAAGCAACGUCCAGUUCACCUGCAAGUUGUUGGUACCACCUGUAGAUUUCUGUUUUCAUAUACUUCGACUUCAAGGCAGUAGAUUCACGUUAGUACAAAAAAAAAACUCAAUGUUAUUUAGCGAUGCUGCGACCUCUGUGCAUACGGCCGAACUCGUUCUUAGCUUGUAAAUCAG